AUGAUCUUAUGCCCAUGUGUGAAGUGCAUAAAUCAAUUGAUAAAGACUCGGGAAGAAGUGUUUGAAGAUCUCAUAUUGAAUGGAUUUCUAAGGAGUUACACAAUUUGGAGUUUCCAUAGAGAAGCUUCAACUUCAAAUACAGAUCCGGAUGUACAUAAUGUGGUAUGUGAUGAAGGUGAUAGGUUUGAUAGCACACAAAACAUGUUAAAUGAGUUAUGGGAGAGAGAUGCACUUGAAGCAACUGAGAAUCGUGCCACAGGUGAGCCUGUAAUGGGGCAAAAUAUUGAGUCAGAGAAGUUCAAGAGAUUAAUGGAAGAUGCAAAGCAAGAAUUAUAUCCCAGAUGCAAUAAGUUUACUAAGUUGUCCUUCCUUAUUCAGCUAUAUCAUAUAAAGUGCCUCUGCAAUUUGAGUGACAAGGCCUUCUCAAUGUUGCUAGACUUAUUAAGAGAGGCACUGCCAGAGCAAAAUACAUUGCCAAAUUCCUUGUACGAAGCAAAGAAGAUUAUUAAAGAACUAGGACUCAAUUAUGUAAAGAUUGAUGCAUGCAGCUAUGACUGUAUGUUGUAUUGGAAGGAAUCAGCCACUGCCACCUCUUGCAAAAUAUGUGGCACAUCAAGGUAUGAGAAAAGAGAAAAUAAAGGCAAGAAAAUCCCUGUUAAGAUAUUACGUCAUUUUCCUCUGAUCCCAAGGCUGCAAAGGUUAUACAUGUCUACAAAAAUAUCUUCUAGUAUGCGAUGGCAUCAUGAACAACAUGUUGAUGACCAACGGUUACGACACCCAACUGAUUCUAAAGAAUGGAAGGAAUUCGAUAUGCGGUAUCCAGAUUUUAGUAAGGAUCCUCGUAAUGUGAGGCUUGGUCUAGCAAGUGAUGGAUUCAAUCCGUUUAAGACGAUGACUUUAACGCAAAGCAUGUGGCCUGUUAUGGUGGUGCCAUACAACUUACCCCCAUGGAUGUGCAUGAAGCAACCCUUCGUCAUUCUUACAUUGCUUAUACCUGACCCAAAACAACCUGGGAACAAUAUAGAUAUAUAUUUGCAGCCUUUAAUAGAAGAAUUAAAAGAGUUGUGGCAUAAUGGUGUUGAGACAUAUGACGUAUAUAAGAAGGAGACAUUUAAGUUACAUGCAUGCUUGUUAUGGACCAUUAAUGAUUUUCCAGCAUAUGCAAACCUAUCGGGUUGGAGCACUAAAGGUGCAUUGGCUUGUCCUUGUUGCAACAAGGAUACCUCAUCUCGUUGGCUGAAAUAUGGGGGAAAAACAUUGUUAUUUGGGCCAUCGUCGAUUCCUUCCCAGUGA